AUCGCCGUCGUUCGUCAAAAUCGACUCAGCCCACCGCUCAAUGCAAGGCAACUAUACCUGCCGGGUGGAGACCGAUAAGGGUGUUUCCGAGAAUGACUUUUAUCUCAUUGUGAUAGUCGACUCGUGCAAAGAACAAUCCUGGACAACGUACUCCGACAGAAUAGGUUGUACCGAAGAAAUUCGGCUCGAUUGCACUGGAAUGCAUCCAAAACCUUCGCCUGCAUGCGGGGUGUACAACGAGGCCACGCAAUCCUAUUUGUCGACGGUACCAUUCGACACCGUACAUCUAGUUAACGGUACAUACGACGUGAAGUUACACAAGAUCUUUAGAAUUAAAGACUGGAUCGAGUAUAGAAACAUAUCGUUUCGAUGUCAUGUCAUUGUUCUCGGCACAGAAUGGCGGACCGGUAUGACCCAUCGUCUGUUUGGCGACCCUGGUUGUCUUAAAGACCCGCCUGAGGUACGCAACGGCUCAUUCAACCUAACGGGAGAACAGACAUGCUGGGGCACACCGGCUGAAGGCGCAGUUGUACAAUAUUCUUGUCCUGUUGGAUUAAGUGUUCGCGGGCAUCAGAAAAUGGUUUGCAAGAACGGCACCUGGGUGGGAGUUGUCGGCAACCGAAAUUUGGACGAACUAAACUAUUCACCAUUGGAGAUCAUCAGCUGUGAGGAAGACAGCGCCUCUUCAGUAAACGUUUCGAUGGGCCUGCUUCUCUUUUUGAUGGUCUGCAGCUUACACAUACAAUAAAAAGCUUCUUGGAUACUUGCCUACCUACGCUAGAGGGUUUAUCUACAUAAUUGGAUAACGUAAUGGUAAUACUGGUUGCUUCAAAGUGUUUGAGGUGCAGUAGACGGAAAGCAGUCAUAUCUUCCCUGCGUAGGAACAAACUUUACCAUCGACAAUUUGUACAUAAUGCAAUACUCCACAAUGGAAAAACGACGCUACACUUUCUAAGGGUGUAAUAGUUACGACGUAUAAAUGUCAUUUUCACAUUUAGUUGCUGCUCUUAUCAUUGUUUUUGCAUAAGUUUAUUAAACAGAUAAGUAAAACAGUUGUUGGCAACCCAGAUCAACAUAAUUAGCAAAUAAGUUAGACUAUGGGCAAGAAAGGAAGGACUGACACGAGGCAUAAAGCAGAAAUCAGUGACCUAAGUUGACGCAUAGAACAGAAGAGUAGUAAAGCAAGAAUAUAACUCUGAGAUAUAAAUGAAAAAGUCAAAAUGAGGUCAGCUUAAACACAUGCCUAGAUGAUAUUUGCGAAUGAAACGCAGAAACCGUUAACACGAUAGGCAUCGCACAUAAACAUCCGCCUCCCCCUCCGCCGACCCCUCCGCCGAAUGGGGAGGGAGUUUAGCCGGAAAAAAACUGGUCUUUUCAUUAAUUAUUCAACGAAGUUGAGAUAUAAAUAAUAAGGCACUAUUAAGAAGAACAAGGGGUAUAUUUAGGUCCUUUCGAAAUGGCGGCCAUUCCUAUUAUUACACAAUCAUUGACAAAGACCUCCUAUAUAAGGUCUCUAAGCAUAAAGAAACAGGCAAUGCUGUUCAAUUUACGCAUUGAUUGAGACAACUUACACCGAAUAACGACAGCGAGAGCAAUAUUGAAAGCAUUGAAAGACUUGAGUGUCUGCAUCCUACGAUAAAGCGGUGCCAUAUCUUUUUGUCUUACCUCAUCAUUGAUUUCCGUACGUGAGUGAAUACCAACAAUGAAUAUUUGUAAUAAGAUUAAUACAAAACCAUAUAUGGACAAUAUAUGACACGCAAUGUUACAAACUGAAGUAACGGUAACGAAAGUAUAAAUAAA